CCCAACCGGAGUCUGGCUUGCUGUCGCUCCUGGCCUACCCUGGUUUUCUGAACAAGGUGAAGGUUCCUGCCAAGAUGUUACAUGUACAGGGUGGGCAGAUGCUGCAGAUGCUAGAGAAAUCUCUGAGGAAGAGCCUUCCUGAGUCCUUAAAGGUCUACGGGACCAUCUUCCACAUGAACCAGGGAAACCCGUUCAACCUCCAGGCCCUGGUGGACACGUGGCCUGACUUUGGCACCGUGGUCGUUCGCCCCCAGCAGCAGGAGAUGACAGACAACUAUUACCACUACACCAACACCUACCUCAUCUUCUCCAAGCACCCCAAGAACUGCCAAGAAUUCCUCGGCACACCUGAGGUCGUCAACUGGAAACAGCACUUACAGAUCCAAAGUUCACAGUCUAGCCUGCAUGAGGUGAUCCAGAAUGUUGCCGCUGCUAACUCGGUUAAGGUCAAGCAAACACAAUGCUUUCUUUAUAUGACACCCAAGACGGCAAAGGAACUGCUCCCUUCUGUGUGGGAGACAAAGAAGUUACCUCUUAUGUCUGGCGAGCCCAAGCCCAUAAACCAAGAGAUGUUUAAGUUCUCUGCCCUGGACGUGCCCCACGCGGCCCUGGUGAACCAGUUCUGGGGUUUUGGCGGCAAUGAGCAGAGCAGGAGAUUCAUCGAGCGCUGCAUCAGGACCUUCCCCUCCUUUUGCCUACUGGGGCCUGAGGGGACCCCGGUGUCCUGGGCCCUGAUGGACCACACAGGAGAGCUGCGUAUGGGAGCCACUUUGCCCAAGUACCGGGUCCAGGGCCUCAUCACCCAUGUCAUUUGGGCCUAUGUGCAGGAUCUGGAAAAACGUGGCUUCCCUGCAUAUGGCCAUACAGCCAAAAAUAACAAAUCCAUACAGAAAAUGACUGGCACUCUGCAACAUGUCCCCCUGCCCUGUGACUGGAACCAGUGGCACUGUGUCCCCUGUGACAGCCUGAACACAUGACCAUAUUCUGUGAGCUGGUCACGUGGCAGGAGGAAUGGAUGGGUAGGCAGAGAACAAGAAUAAACUGGAAUCCUCAGAAAGGCACUGUGUUGUUAGACCCUGCUCGCAAAUCACUUGCAAAUCUGCCAGAUUCCACAGCCAGAACGCUCUAGAGGGGGAGGUCUCCCUGUUCCGUUGUUUCUGCACUUUCAGAAUCCUUAUUUGUCUGCAUGCUGCGCUAAUGCUUUUCUGGCCCAACGCAAGGGUUGUGCCAGUGGGUAUAUCUGGGCAGUGUUGCCACACUGUGGUACUGCAGAUAGAAUGAUUGUUUCCCUUUCCAUUACUCUCCCUCCGAACCCCUCACCCAACUUCCCUGUGAUAUGACUGACACAUAAAAUAAACCUGAAAUACACACAUCAUGGUGGAACAGAGGUCAGG